UGAAUAUAAAUAAAUGUUCAACAAGUAAUGUAUGUUUCUACGUGCUUUAAUAAAACAUUAUCAAUUGAAUAAAUACCUCUGUGGAAAAGCCGAACUUCCAUAAUUUCAAUUCAAAUAUUCAAACUUCCCAAACCCCCGCUCCUCCUCCUCCUCCUCCUCCACCACCAUCACCAUCACCAUCGGGAAAAAAGACACACUUACACCAUUGGUGUGUGUUAUUUAAAAGCGUUGCGAAGAAAUGUUGAGUCAAAACGAUGACGUAUUGGAGCUGGAAGAAGUAGGAGAACUGGAGGAACAAGUGAACGAAAUGGCUGAGAAAAUUGCCGACUACCGGAGAACAAUUUCGGUUCAGCUCAAAACUACUGUUUCUUCCAUUCUUAUAGCACAAAGACCCGUUUUGGUGACCCGGUUCAAUGAGGGAUCCGAAUCUCAAUCUGUUUCCUCCGGUGAUCCAAGCUCCGAUGUUGGAGGACCAAUUGAAUCCGGCUAUAUUGCCCUUUUAGCUGGAGAGGAGCAGAGAGUACAGCUCCUUAAACAGAAGAUUUCGGAGAAUGCCUCUGCCAUACCUGUUGUAUUGACUAGGAUGAAGGAAUGUAUGAAAAGGAUUGAUAAACUACAACCAUGCAACGGAGUCAUCCAUCCUGCCUUUAAAAGGAAACGGACUUUUUGAGAGUUAUUGGUAUGGUAUUGUAGAUGUAGCUUAGGUUAUGCGAAACAGAGCAGACCACGACAAAGUUCAUGUGGAUUAUUCUCAAAACAAAAAAAGAAAAGAAAAACGAGCUGUAACCAAGGGCUGUCACACUUUAGGGACCACAUGCUAUUGUAACUAAGGCAGUAUUUAGAUGACACAGUCAUUUUCUGGUGUUCGGUAUAGUAAGUAGGAAGUUAUUUCCAAAGGGCAAAAACAUUUUCCACCAAAAUGAAGAAAAUGGGCAGAGUUUGUUUCGUUACUAGAAACACUUGCACAUAAUUAUUAACUUGAUUACUUUAAUGCCAGUCGAUGGUGGUUGUCAGCAAUGUGGUUGGCUGAUGAAUUUGCAAAUGGUCCAUUGUAAUGAUGCCAAUGAUAGUAACGAGUAGAAUUUCAUUGGCACGUGAUAUUCAUGAAGGUAAAUUUGUGUAAGUUUCAAUGAAGCAAAGAAGUAAAAAAGGAGAUUGUGGUAUA